ACGUUCGUGUCGUGUCGGGUAGCCCCCGGGACGGUGGAGAGGAACCAUGACCUUGGGCCCUCCCAGGAGGGACCUUCUGAUGCUGCUGAUGGCCUUGGGCCUGACCCAGGGCAACCCUAUGAAGCCCUCUCGGGAACCACUGGUGACCUGCACGUGCCAACACCCACACUGCAGGGGGCUUACCUGCCGAGGUGCCUGGUGCAUGGUAGUGCUGGUGCGGGAGCAGGGCAACCCCCCGCAGGAGCACCGGCUCUGUGAGAGUCAGCACCCAGAGCUCUGCCGGGCACGCCCCACCGAGUUCGCCAACCACUACUGCUGCUACAGCCCCCUCUGCAACCAAAAUGUGUCCCUGGUGCUGGAGGCCACCCAAACACCUUCGGAGCAACCGCGACUAGACGGCCAGCUGCCUCUGAUCCUGGGCCCCGUGCUAGCCUUGCUGGUCCUGGUGGCCCUGGGUGCCCUGGGCCUGUGGCAUGUCCGGCGGAGGCAGGAGAAGCAGCAGGGCCUGCACAGCGAGCUGGGGGAGUCCAGCCUCAUCCUGAAGGCAUCUGAGCAAGGGGAGAGCAUACUAGGGGACCUUCUGGACAGUGACUGCACCACAGGCAGUGGUUCAGGGCUCCCCUUCCUGGUGCAGCGGACAGUGGCACGGCAGGUGGCCCUGGUGGAGUGUGUGGGAAAGGGCCGCUAUGGUGAGGUAUGGCGAGGAUUAUGGCAUGGCGAGAGUGUGGCCGUCAAGAUCUUCUCUUCAAGGGAUGAACAGUCCUGGUUCCGGGAGACUGAGAUCUACAACACGGUGUUGCUCAGACACGACAACAUCCUAGGCUUCAUCGCCUCGGACAUGACUUCCCGCAACUCGAGCACACAGCUGUGGCUCAUCACGCACUACCACGAGCACGGCUCGCUCUACGACUUUCUGCAGAGGCAGACGCUGGAGCCCCAGCUGGCACUGAGGUUGGCUAUGUCCGCAGCCUGUGGCCUGGCCCACUUGCAUGUGGAGAUCUUUGGCACACAGGGCAAGCCAGCCAUUGCCCACCGCGACCUCAAGAGCCGCAACGUACUGGUCAAGAGCAACCUGCAAUGUUGCAUCGCAGACCUGGGCCUGGCUGUGAUGCACUCCCAGGGUAGCGAUUACCUGGACAUCGGCAACAACCCGAGAGUGGGCACCAAGCGGUACAUGGCCCCCGAAGUGCUGGACGAGCAGAUCCGCACGGAUUGCUUUGAGUCCUACAAGUGGACUGACAUCUGGGCCUUUGGCUUGGUGCUGUGGGAGAUUGCGCGCCGGACCAUUGUCAAUGGCAUUGUGGAGGAGUACAGGCCACCCUUCUAUGACGUGGUGCCCAAUGAUCCCAGCUUUGAGGACAUGAAGAAGGUGGUGUGUAUUGAUCAGCAGACCCCCACCAUUCCUAACCGGCUGGCUGCAGACCCGGUACUCUCAGGCCUGGCUCAGAUGAUGCGGGAGUGCUGGUACCCCAACCCUUCGGCCCGCCUCACCGCACUGCGGAUCAAGAAGACUCUACAGAAACUCAGCAACAGUCCAGAAAAGCCCAAGUGAUUCACUAGCCUAGGGGUGCCCGACCCCCUCUGUCUGUGGGAGCGAGGGGGAGCGGCAGCAUCCGAGGACGGUGGCUUAUGUGGGUAGAGGUAGUGUGUGUGUGUGUGUGUGUGUGUGUGUGCGCGCGCGCACGUGCAGGAGGGGGUGCCCCUUCACGGGGCAGCUGUGCCUGCCUGGCUAGGCUCGGCCCCCAGCCCAUCCAGCCAAAAAUACAGCUGGGCUGAAACUCGAUCUCCCACCGUCUGGUCUGCUCAAAGCAGCAGGCUCCCUGACGCCUGGCUCUUUCCCCAGCCCCCACGCCAGCAGGGUGCACCCACACCACCCACAGGACAGGAUGCAAAAGAGGCCUCAGAGCCAAGGGGACUGAGCCAGGGACUCCCCGUCUGGGGCCCAGCGCCACUUUACCCCUGCCCUUGGUCAACCCCGUCGCCUGAACAGAGCUGCCGGGAGGUACAGGGCUCUGUCCAGCCUUCAGCAGACACUGCCCUGCCAGACCUCAGCCUCUGGCCCAGGCUCCGGAUACUCAGAGCCCAUCAGUGUCUCUCUGUGGGUUUGUGUCUCAGCUCAGUGACGCCUUGGAUUUUCUGUGUCUCAGAUGCCAGCUGCCCAGAGGACUGGUUCUGAACCUGGCCCCCCUCUCUCAUCUAGCUGAGUUAUUAGGGCACUAAAACCCAAGGGGUCCUUUGGGGGAUGUGGCAGGGUCAUAGGCCAGUGGAGAGGUGGCAGGUCAGAUGGGUAAGGCCCAGCACCUUCAGAGUAACUGAAAGGCCACCCACAGCAGGGAAAGGCUCGACUGGGCGUCAGGAGACCUGAGUCUGAGCCUGGUGCUUGUUCCACGUGACAUGAGCAGGGCCUUCACUGUCUGAGAGCUGUUUUCUUCAUUUCCAUAUUGAAAGAGUGGGUCCUGAUGUCCUCCAGUUUUCUUUGUCAGAGCUAAGUUUAUCAGUCUCAUCUACUCCUUAUGCCCCAGCCCCUGCCAAUCUGCCUGAAGAUUGGGGUUGAAAAAAACUAUCAGAGACCAGAACUGUCUACUUCUGCAGCUCCAGUUCCUACCUUAAUGUGCCCAGGCGGCCCUGGGCCUCCUGACCCAUAGGUCAGCUCCUUGCCCCUCUGUGGCUUAGCCUUCUCUGCAGAGGGCAGAGGGGCAGCUUCCACUGGGGCCUCCAAGGCUUUAAAGAAGUUCGACUCCAACCAAGAAGCACCCAGCACCCAGAUUUUGAGUCCCCACUGGACCUUAGCCCAGGCCCAGACCCUUGGCCAGAGUAUGUGCCUUGGGAGAACUCGGUGGCUCCCACAGAAAGCUCCGCAUUUGGAAAUGUCAAGGGUGUAUGUCCAUCUGCUGAGCAGGUGACCCUGGGCCCUGGGCAUGGGGCAGAUGGGCUGGAGGCAGAGCUUUGUGGGGGGAUGUGUCUUCAGGGGUGAGAAUCGGGUAGAUGUAAGGACAGCCUGGGAAGAGUUGCCUCGUAGCCUCAGCCCUUGGGUCUCCCUCCGCCUGCUGUAAACCGAGCACAGCCACCCAGGCGACUUCCCCUGUGUGCCACCCUUCCCCUGCAGCCGGUUCCCAGGCCUGUCCCAGCAUUGUGCAAGGCUCUGAGGAGAACCAGGAAGUGAAACUGGGCGCACACAGAAAACCGAAUGGACCAGCUGCCUUCCCACGCCGUCAUGGCAGAAUGUGUGCCUCCUCUGGUCCCUGGAACCCACCCAGCCCAGGAACAGUCUCCCGCCUGAAGGAAUUUUAUCUCCAGCGGAUUUGGGGGCCAAAUUCCUCCUGAGACUCCACAGCCAGAAACUGAAGGCUGCAGCUCCCCAAAGGCUGGAAAAUCCCUAAGAGAAGAUCUAGGACGGGAAGAGGAAUGACAAGAUGUGGGAAAGUGGGAGAAGAGGGCUCAGUUAGAGCCACUUGUGACAGAAGGCUGCAAGUGUCUGUCUGAGUGCAAUUUCAGAGUGGAAGUGACAUUUUCCCUACCUGGAGAUACUGCUUGUGGGAGCACUUAGCACGUGCUUAGCACAGAGUAGGUCCUCAAUAAACCAAGAUUGAAUCCUAAGCAU